UAAAACAUUUCAAUAAAAAAUAGUAAAAUGCUUAAAUGCCUAAACUAAUUUUAGAUGAUAUAAUAUCGUGUCACACCGCAAAAAAAAACAAAAAAAAACAACAUUUCUAAACUACGAGCUAUCCACGCGCGGAUUAGCUACUUCUCAAUUUGUUGAAUUUACGCCACGUCCUUUGAGUAGAAUAAGUUGCUCUAUUUAAUUAGGACAAAAGUGAAGGGAUCGGAGUUUGAUCUUUUCUUACAGUUCUAUAGAUGUCACGCAUAUCUAAAGGCACGCGCCUCGGAUACGUCCGUUUCUUUAUUGUUCCGAACAGCCAAUCGGAACGCGAGGUGCAAACGCGUGCCACUCUCCCACUAUAAGUACUGGUCGCGUGUCGUCUGGAAACUCACAACUUGUUUCGCUCCGCUCGAGCCGCUACCGUACUUCAAACACAGCUCCUGCCUACUUCAAUCCAAACCAAGAUGGUGAACGAAGGAAAGUCUCUUGCCGAAGCCCUGCUGUCCGCCAAGGCAGAGGGUCGCCUCACUGUUGGCGUCUACGAAUGCGCAAAAAUAAUGAACGAGGACCCUGAUAGCGUGUCUUUCUGCCUUUUGGCCACUGAUGACUUUGAGUGCGACAUCGCUCUCCAGAUCCAUUUUACUCUGAUCCAAGCGUUUUGCUUUGACAACGACAUCAGCAUCGUCAGAGUAAACGACUUGAAGCGCCUCAACGCUCUUGUUGGUGCCAAGGGUCAGCUUGAGGACGCUCACUGUGUCCUGAUAACGAACCCAGCUGAGGACUCGUGGGAGGAUCCAGCUCUGGAGAAGCUUCACCUGUUCUGUGAAGAAAGCCGCAGCUAUAACGAGUGGGUUCCUGAGAUCACUCUGCCCGAGCGUUGAUCUGGAGCUUUUACUCUUCUCUGCUGAGAUGCCGUAAACCUUGAGGAAUACUCGACUCAUCCUUCGAAGCAAGGAUGCUGAUGUUUCCACAUCCCUGGAUGCUCCUGAGGAGGCUGAACCGUCCAGGCAGCGCGAGGCAGGCCCGAGUGGCCCUCGCGGUUCUACGUCGUUCCUCGUCCCGUCCAUACCAAGAUGAUCCUCAUUCUUUAUGUGAACGAGGUCAGGUAUGCCACGAGAGCGACACAAUGGCCCUCAUUCUUUGUGCGGAUGAGGUUUGGAGAGGAAGGAGAAGCGAGUUUUGCCUCUGUUCCACAGAGCAAAUAUCGCAUGCGUUGGACACGCAGAGGACGCGGCGGAGCGUCGAAGCAACGUUUUUAAAAGUGGACUUUUAACAUCUGGGACCUUUUUAAAAAUGUAAUUGCCGCACGAUAUAACGUACCUUAUUGUCGGCAAUGUGCUUUCCACUUUCCAGAAUUGUCUUAUUCUCUAAAGGUUUCACUUUAGAAAUAUUCAUGUGACAUAAAAGGAGAAAAAAAAAGAAAAAAACUAACUUAAACAUCUCUAAAGGUUUCACUUUAGAAAUAUUCAUG